UGGACAAGAAUUUUUAGUUUACAAUUUUCAUGGUUUGGCCCAUCUUUGUGAAGAUGUUAAAAUCCAUGGUAAUUUGGAUUUAUUUUCAUCUUUUCCAUAUGAGAAUUUCUUGGGUCAUCUUAAAAAAUUGGUUAGAGGCCCACGAAAUCCUUUGACACAAGUGAUCCGCAGGUUGUCUGAAAUUGAUGAAGCCAGCUCCAACUGUAAUCUUAAUGCACAGGCAUCCAACGAUUAUAAAUCGGAACAUACUGAAGGGCCAGUACCACAAUUUUUCACAGGAGAAGCAAAACAGUUUAAAGUGUUGUCCAUGGAUGGUGCAGUUAUCAAAACUACAAAUAGAGAUUCCUGCAUCAAAAUAAAGAACAAGUUUGUGUUGGUUGAAAAUAUUAUUGUUGAUAGGGGAGUGGAAUAUUUUGUCGGUAGGGACUACAGAUGCAAGGAAUCAUUCUUUGAAUACCCUUUUGACUCUACAGAGUUGGACAUCUUCGUGGUUUCUAACUUGUCUUUGACAGUGAAACAUUUUCAGAGAGUGGAGAGUGUGCAAAAAUAUGUCAGACUGCCAUUUCAUGACAAGUUUGUUGUUAUACCUUUGCUGCAUUUAAACAAACCACACGGCAGCUAUUGAUUUACAUUAUACUUAAACAUUUUUGGAUAGCAUGCAGUUGUUCAUGGGUCCAGUAAAUCUGCAGUUUAUAUUUUGUUGCUUUCUUUGUAUCUGCAGUAAAUGUUGUGUGCAAUUACAGUUCGCAAAAAAAAUUGUCUCUCUUCUCACAUAAUCCACUCAAACAUGUUCCUAUUAUUUGGAAAAGGCAUUCAAAUGAUUAAAUUACAAUUUUAUUUUGUUUAGAUAAUGUAUUACAUUGUGAUUUUUGAAAAAACGAAUGAAGUAGAAGUGGUGCCUUCCAAUUGGGUCAAAGAAAAUGAAUGUAUGUGGCCACCAAAUAAAGUGGAUGUUGUAAAAGCCACAAAAAAUAAGGAGCAACCUGGGGAAGGAUGGACUCCACACAGGGUCAGAAUUAUAUUUAAAUCGAACAGUUACAGUGAGGCAAGAUUAAAACUACCUGAAGCUGUCGAACACACAGACCUUGCAACAGAUGGGGAGGAUUCCCCAAUUAAACCCAAACGAAGAAGAAUGCCAAAGAACCUUCUUUUUCCUGGAGAAGAUGAGGAUGAUGAAAUCAGUGUUGAUCAGUCAAAAGAUAAUGGAAAGAAAAGAAAAGAAGAAUUGCCUAGAGCUCCGAAGAUCUUUCACUCAGUUUCUUCUGACCCCCAAAGGAUGCAGAAGACUGGUUCUACUCAGAAGUCUGUGUUGGCCAAAUCUAAGCCAACAAAAUUUUUACCAAAUAUCCCUCCUAAUUCCCAAAGUCAUCAUACUUCUAAUGUACCUAAGAGGACCCACACACAUUCUGACCACUCUCGAAGAAACCAUGCAACUGCUGAUCCACUUGAGAGGAGCCGCACUGCUCCUAACCAGCUUCAGAGAUUCCACACAAGCUGUACCUCUCCCAACUUGUCUGACAAUGAUUGCACUCCACCUGACCUGCUUCCGAGAUGCCACGCUUCCCCUGAUUCACGACAGAGAAAUAGUGGAACUGCUGAGCCAUUUCAGAAGGUCCAGACUUCCUCUGAUCCACUUCUAAGAGGCCACAAAACUUCAGACUCAUUUCAGAGAGGCCGCAUUUCCCCUGAUCCGCUUCAGAGAAGCCACUCAACUGCUGAGCCGUUUCAGAAAGUCCACACUUCCCCUGAUCCACUUCAAAGAAACCAUGCAAAUGCUGACCCGUUUCAAAGAAGCGACGCUUCCCCUGACCUGCUUCAGAGAAGCUGUAUUUCUCCUGACUUGUUUGAGAGAGAUUAUACUCUCCCUGACCAUUUUCAGAGAAGUCACUUUCCCCCUGACCCACUGCAAAGAAGCUGCACUUCCCCUGAUCGACAUCAGAGAGAGAAUGUUUACCACCAGCCACAAGGACUAAGACAUCAAGCUGUUCUUGAUACUUCCCUCCUGCGUAACAUUCUCAUAAAUCAAGAGAUAAUGAUGGACCAAAUGAAGAAAAUAUAUAGGACAGUUCAGGGUCUAAAAUCUGUCAGUGAAGAAGACAUAGGCCUUGAAGCAAACCUACUGCCAGUAGCUGAUCUUCAGUCUCUCCAAAACUUGGAGGAGCGAUUGAGAAAAUUUCCUGACUUUCAGAAGCAAUUGAUUAACCUGUUGGCAAUGAAAGGUGGGACAGACACCAGAGAUGGAGUUUGGAGAAUUAUGACUGCAACAAUCACAAACUCCCUGGCCAAGUAUAUAAACAUGCGUGGUGUUAAUGGGAAGAUCAGCUUUAAAAGCUUGCAGUUACGAAACAUUGUUCUUGCUGCUUUGAGAAAAAAUCGCCUCACACAGCAUGCCACCGAGCAGGAAGUAGAAUCAACAGUUCAAAGAUGGCUUCAGCUUGCUCCUGAUCGCGAUGGAGGAAGGAGAGAGCGCUUAAAGAGAAAAGAGGCCACUUCACUUUCUCCCACACACACACAUUCUGAUGUGUAAAUUGUUUUAAUUUGCUCUUUGUUUAGAUUAAAUUAGAUUAUAAUGUUCAAAUUUCAGUACUAGAUUCCUUAAGAUUCAUUUAGUUCGCGCAGAUAGCGUUCACACAGUUGCACAACUCUAGCUUUCCUUUCAUUUCUUUUUUGGCUUAGCAUUACUAAAGUGUGUAAGCUUGAACAUUUAGAAAUAUGUACUUUUACAGGUUGUAAUAAGAAGUUAGACUUGUUUGAAUGUUCAAAAUAAAAAUAGCCUUUACACAGUUCUA